AGGGCGGAGCUUCCGCUUCCGGCGGGGCCGUCCCUGGAGCGGAGAUGGCGGCGACUGCGGCGGAGGUUGCGGCCUCCGGGUCUGGAGAACCCCGCGAAGAGGCUGAAGCCCUGGGCCCCGUCUGGGAGGAAUCCCAGCUGCGAAGUUACAGCUUUCCGACGCGGCCCAUCCCGCGCCUGAGUCAGAGCGAUCCCCGGGCGGAGGAGCUCAUCGAGAACGAGGAGCCUGUAGUUCUGACCGACACAAAUCUUGUGUAUCCUGCCCUGAAAUGGGAUCUUGAAUACCUGCAAGAAAAUAUUGGCAACGGAGACUUCUCCGUGUACAGUGCCAGCACCCACAAGUUCUUAUAUUAUGAUGAGAAGAAGAUGGCAAAUUUCCAGAACUUUAAGCCGAGGUCCAGCAGGGAAGAAAUGAAAUUUCAUGAGUUUGUUGAGAAACUGCAGGACAUACAGCAACGAGGGGGCGAAGAGAGGUUGUAUCUGCAGCAAACUCUCAAUGACACUGUAGGCAGGAAGAUUGUCAUGGACUUCUUGGGUUUUAACUGGAACUGGAUUAAUAAGCAACAGGGAAAACGUGGCUGGGGGCAACUGACCUCUAACCUGCUGCUCAUCGGCAUGGAAGGAAAUGUAACACCUGCUCAUUAUGAUGAGCAACAGAACUUCUUUGCUCAGAUAAAAGGCCAUAAACGAUGCAUAUUAUUCCCUCCGGAUCAGUUUGAGUGCCUCUAUCCAUACCCUGUCCAUCACCCAUGUGACAGACAGAGCCAGGUGGACUUUGACAAUCCUGACUAUGAAAGGUUCCCCAAUUUCCAAAAUGUGGUUGGUUAUGAAACAGUGGUUGGCCCUGGUGAUGUUCUUUACAUCCCAAUGUAUUGGUGGCACCACAUAGAGUCUUUACUAAAUGGAGGGAUUACCAUCACUGUGAACUUCUGGUACAAGGGGGCUCCCACCCCUAAGCGAAUUGAAUAUCCUCUCAAAGCUCAUCAGAAGGUGGCUAUCAUGAGAAAUAUUGAGAAGAUGCUUGGAGAGGCCCUGGGGAACCCACAAGAGGUGGGGCCCUUGUUGAACACCAUGAUCAAAGGCCGUUACAACUAGCCUGCCAGAGGUCAGGGCCUCUUGCCAGGUGACUGCUAUCCCGUCCACACCGCUUCGUUGAUGAGGACAGGACACUCCAAGCACUAGUAUUGCACGCUGCACUUAAUGGACUGGACUCUUGCCAUGGCCCUGGAGGCAGGUGUUGAGGCAAGGCAGGGUGGUUGACACUUCACUCCUGCUUGGAAGGAUGUCACCCUUGCCUCUUGUGCCCCAGCACCUUCCCUCUUUGACCCCCUAAAGUCCUGCAUUCAGUGUGUGGAGUCCCAGCUUCUGGUUGUCAUCAUGUCUGUGUGUGUUUGUCUGUCAACCUCAGGGUGUGUGUGUGUGUGUGUGUGUGUGUGUGUGUGUGUGUGUGUGUGUGUGUGUGUGUGUGUGUGUGUACACAUACAUGCACAUGCAUGUAUCUGUACCAUGUUUCCUCCUUCUGGGUUAAUGUCAUCACUUCUGGCUCUCAGCCCUUAUUCCUGAAGCCUCGGUGCCUCAGCCUGAGAGAAAGGAGAUGGAGAUGCUCUUGUAUCCCUACUAUAUCUGGGCUGUGGCACCAAAGUGAGUCUGCCCAUCAGUUCAACCUGCCUUCUGCCAAUUUUUGCAGCAUAGUCAGGCUCCAGGCUGGUUAGGAACAGCUGCUGGGACCCUAAUGGGGAGAUUGAGAGGAAAAGCCUGUCUUUGGAAGCCUAGAUAGCCUUCUAGUGAGAGAGGAUUAGAUAGGGUUCCAGCUGAGACCUACAAGCUCAAGCCAUAUAUAGAAAGAAACAAAACCUUGGUUCUUAUGAGCCAAGGGUUGUGCAUGUGUUCCAAAUUAAAGGCACAUGCAGCUUUUCUCUUUCAGCACCAGCUCUUGCCCCUGUGCUAGAUAUUAAGGGAGUUCUACUAGUUCUGGCUUCUUUAGGCUCCAGGGGUACGAACUUCGCGAUAUGUGUUUAUGUGUGUGCACACUUGGGUACACAUGGGUGCACUCAUUUGCACACUUGUAUCUGUGUGUGUCCACACUGGCCAGCCUCUGUGCUUACCAAGGUUCUCUACUGCCUAUCUUGUCCAAUGUGACAAUACAGUGUGAGCCCCAGAUACUGCCUGACUUAGCCCAUAGCUUUUAAACUCGGAUUUUAGCCAUUCUAUCUUAGCCAGAUUUCACUGUAGCCUACCUAAGGCUGACUGGCUAGAGCCUUCAGACCCUACGUCCCUCCCUGUCCAGGCCAUUUCCCCUGCUCCUGAUGAGCUUCCUGGCUGAGUAGAUGAAAUGGGUCAGGCUUAGGCAGCUAACUCACUACCUUUCAUCCACCUCAGGGCAAGGGCAAAAUGUACUCUUGUCUCUUAAAACCAGUGCCUCUGCCAGACCCAGCAUAAUGUCCCAUGACACCUUUGGUGUAGGGAAGCUGGUAGAGCAUAGAGGUAGAAUUUACUUUUCUCUUAUUAGCUGCUUAUGGGAACCCUUCUCAGGGCCAUCAUUCACAUCUGUUCAGAGGGAGUGGGGCCUCUGCAGUUAGGCAGAGUGGUGAUCUUGUCCAUUUACCUCCUUUGUCCAUUGUCCUUUUCUCUAAAAUCUGAGCUGGAAGUUUGAUUUUAUUCCCUUCUCUCCCACUUUUUUUUCCUCCUUGCCAAAGGUUUACUUUCAGUGUCUGAGCUACGGCUCUUACCCCUGAAGCUCAGUUUACAUUGCCCCAGUGGACUGAGGAGAUGCAUGUGUAUGCUUGUGCGCACCUGUGUGUGUUGGGGAGGGGUGUUUAUUUUAGUGCCCCAUUCUGGGUUCUGUGAUGCAUUAUGGGUGUGCAGACCUGGUUCCUUCUCAAGUAUAGCUCUUCAAAUACAGCCAAUGCUGGGAAAUGUGAUUGUAGUAAACUCCAUGCCUCCAUCUCUUGGGAAAGAGGAGUGCAGCAAGGGAGCAAAGAAAAUAGAGGGUGAAUUUGGCCACAGUUACACUCGGAAAGAUGGCAGAUUAUUUUUGUUCUCAACAGAUCCUCUGUGUUCCUGGCUCUACCCUCAAAAGUGUGGGUGAUAUUCAGCAGGGACUCUGGGUCCACUUGGCUGAUCCUUCAGAGUCCUGUGCAUCACACAGGUCUGACCUAUGGUGGCUGGGUGGGAGGAAUGAAGUUAGCUUUGGGACCUUCACGGGAUUGGUCCUGAUCCCUAGAGUGAUAUGGUAGUUACCCCUAACUUUUUAGACCCCUAAUAUGUUCCUGUUGCUUUUAUCUCUGUUCCUCACAGCCCUGAAAGGUUGGGCUUUUCACUUUACAGAUGAAGAAAUGAGGCUCAGAGUUACGUGAUGAGUGGCAAUCAGGAUUCAAACCUAGUGCUGUUUGGCUGCAGACCCCACCCCUUCUCCUUCCUUUCCACCCAACUGUUGGUUUUCUUCCUAUCCCCAGGCCUUACCCACUAGGCGGUGUGCAGGCAGGCUCAGCCCAAGAGGGUGUGGAAGAUCUAUUUCAGGGUGCAAGCCCUUCUGGGCUCUAGCUAGAGACAUGAAGAAGCUGCCUGGGAAGCCAUCUUACAAGUGAAGGGCACUGGGAGCAGUUGCAGAGGCCUGGACUCUGGAUCCUGGGGCAUACACUGUGCCUUUAAGUAUAGGUCCCACAGCUUGUCCCGGGAUACUUCUGCAUCAGGGCUGAAGUAUUCCUAGGUGCCUGUUCACUUACCUAGGUGAGGGCUGCGCAGGCUCAAAUUAUUGCUGCUACAGGAUUUCUUACCCCAUUGUAGCCGGCCUGCGAGACAGACGUACCAAGGAAGGUGGAGACUUGGGCUAGUCUAGAGGUCAGCUGUGUUGCAAGCUCUCACUUUUAUGCCAGCAGUACAAUGAAAACUACUGUUUUGUGAAGUCAAAUAUUUACUGGGGGGUUGGAGUUACGGGGAGGAGGAGGGACUGUUCUGGGCAUCAGUUGAGCAGAUGCCCAGGAUGCCUGGGGGAGACCAGCUUCCCCUACAAAUCAGAGCUCUAAAUUACAAGGUUUUUACCAACGCGAACAGUUGGGGGAAGUCGUCUGCUCUCAUUUGCGUAAUGGUUUCUGUCACUGGUGAUUAGACACAGGAUGAAGGAAAAGAAAUUUGACAAUUAGGAAUGAGCCAUCAUUAAUCUGAAUCUGUUAGGAGACAGAAAGGGGAAGGAUCCUUACUAGUGGGCCAGCCCAGUGUGGGGAGACACUCCCUCUCUCUGACCCCCGGAGUCUUCUGGGCCAAGUAUCCUUUUGGAGUUCCCACAUGUGUGGGCAGAGCUUGAAUUUCUUCACAGGCUGGGGGUCCAGUCUCCAGCCUGAGGUAAAUUUAGAAACAGACAUCUUUAGGCAUGAGCCAACAAAGAUAGAGAUAGAUGGGUGUCAAAUACAAGCCCUAGGGCAAAGAAUAACACUAGGAUAUUUUUGACGUGUGCUUACUGUUACGGGAAGUGUCUGUAAUAGUCAACACUGUUGGUCCCCCUGUGACAAAUGUUUGUCACAUUCUAGCACUGUGGGGUGCGUAGAAAACCUGGCCCUUUCUGAACUCCAAGAGCUUCUGGUAGUUGGUGAGGAAACCAUAAGAGAGUAGCAGAGCCCUCAUCAGUUCAAAGUCAGAGACUGUUGUGGGAAGGAGGGUGGGUACAGCACUGGGCUGUCCAAGGAGAGACUCAUUCUGGGUUCUCAACAACAUUGACUUAACCACACAUCAGUGCAGCCAUGGCUCUGGAGGACACCAAGUUCUUUGGCCCAGACCACUGAGCCAGCAUAACAACUAACUAUGAGGCUGAGUCUUAAGGUGUGGAGAACGGAGAACCCAACUUAGAUCUUCCCAUGUCUGAGUUACCUCACCGUUUAUCCCUCUGUCCCUUGAAAUGCCAAGGAUAAUACUAAUUUGUACCAAGUCCUCAGUUUCAUUAAUAUGUUCCUUAGAUCCCAGGUUUCUUCAAGGGUCAAGAUGGAGUUGUCUCCUUUCAUAAUACAAACUUACCAGGGAUGGUGCUAUCUCACUCCUUGGUAAGUUCCAUACCUCUGAAUCUUACUUAUACCCUUCAGAAUCUGGUAUAGAACUUAGCAAGGGCUACAGGCAGUGCCCUGAUCAUUUUUAUCUAGAUAGGGUAAGGAUUGGAUGUGAAAGUAGCCCAGGGCUUCUAGAGGCCCGGCUUUCAGUGCAUGUCGUCCCCUUGGGGAUUGCCAGUUGCUUGGUCUCCAGUUCCUGCCCAUUUCUCUUGGUGUCAUCUUAAAGCACCUGCUCUAAACAGAUCUUUCCAUUUCCUCCUGCCCAGGCUUUCCAGUGGCCUUUUCACCAUGACCUCUUCCUUGAAGACACUCUAUAGCUGCAAGUGUUGGGCAGCUUGACUCAUGGGUGGGAGGAAGGUGUGGAGUCAUCCUACUUCUCCAUCUUCAUUUCUGACCUCCGAUAGCUAUGCUGACUUGUCCCUGGUUAGUUCCCGUGUUCUGUCUGCUGUCCUUUUUCCAUUCCUUUGUCUUUAUAUACUGGUCCAGCUUGUCCCACUCUGGUAGUCCUUUCUGCUUGUCAUUCAGCCAGCUCUGUUUAAUCCUCAUAGAUCCAUGGGAUCCUGAAUGGAGCCCUGAUGAACACUUUAGGGUCAUUUCUGGAGGAACAAAGGCUCAGAAACUGGCAGCCUCUGGGCCCAUGGGCCUGUGAUGGGUGAGGUCUUGGAGAUGGAUUGGGGAGGGACCUAAAGAGGUAAAGGACAGUAGGAGUUGGUGAGGCUACUACAAAAUGGAGCCAGGCUUGGAAACCUAGAGUGGAAGUACUGAACAUUGUGUUUCCAUCUAACUGUAUACAUGUGCCUUAGGGUCCAGCAGUUCAGGGAUGAGGGGCAUUUUCCAAAUGUCUGCUAAUUUCUCUCAGGUCUUUGGCUCAGUGUCACCACAUUUAACAAACCUCUGUGUUCCAGGGAUUGCUGUGGGGGAAGCAAGGUACUGAAUAGUCUGGUGUCAGGAGGGGAGGCCUCAUAUGAGAAAGACUAGAACAGUAGGGAAACAGAAGAAAGGGACCCAGUGGUCAGACUACUCUCUGUUCCUCCAGGAGUAUAAGAGCUAAUUCAAGAAGUCAGUUAAAAACUGCUCUCCCUCCUUACCUAAAAUCUAGUCUCAUUUUGGGAAGGAAUGUGUGUCCUUUAACUUUCAAGGGUAAAUAAUCUGGUAUAGGGUUUGAAAGCGUGAGCUUUAGAGUCUAAUACCUUCUUAGACAUUUCUAGCUUUGCUACUUACCAGCUGGGUUUGACCUUGGUUGAUUACUAAGACACUUGUGAGUCUCAGUUUCCUUAACUAUAAUCAUAUGUGUGGGGGGAAGGAUUUUGAAAAUAUCUACCUCAGAGUUGUUGGAUUAACUGAAACAAUGUCUGUAAAGCUUUAGCACAGUGCCUGGCAAGCACUUAAUAAAUGACUGUGGUGGUGGUUA